AUGGGUGCUUAUGUACUAGAGGCCAAAGUCAUAUCACAGAGUAGUACUGCACAAAAGGUUUAUAUCCCGAGAUUGUCUUUGACUCCAUCUGACCCAAGAAUUCCCUUCAAUUUUCAACGUAAACAGUUUCCUAUUGUUGUCUCAUUUGCUAUGACUAUCAAUAAAAGUGAAGGUCAAUCUCUUCAAAAUGAUGGUAUAUAUCUUCCAAAACCUGUAUCUUCACAUGGCCAAUUAUAUGUUGCUGUUUCACGUGUAACUUCACGUGCUGGGUUAAAGUUGCUUAUAUGUGAUGAUGACGAUCAUGUCUCCAACAAGACUUACAACGUCAUUUACAAAGAAAUUUUCCAAAAUUUGAGAUAG